AUGGCGAACAGCAACAUUAGACUAGGUGAAUGAGGUGUGUUUUGGUGCAAGUCAGCCUGAUUAUCUGGAGCUGCUGGGACCUGAAACGACUUCUGAUGCAGCGAUAGAAACCAGAUCCGUGUGUGGAAGCCUCUGAAAAGUGUAACCAUGAGCAGCCGGAGAAAGAAGGCCCCUCCUGUGAGGGUGGACGAAGACGCCAAGAAGAGGUUGAACUGGAACAUGCUGGACGACCGCAAGAACGAGGAGAUCCAGGAGGACGACGACCAGACACCGACCUGCUCCAUUCUUCCCAUCGACCCUCCUCCCAGCAGCUCCUUCCUCUCCACCUCCGAGGACGUGGUGGAGGCUGCGUGCACCAGCUCUGUGCGGCUUACGGAGGAACUUCCCGGCAAGUCGUCGGACAGCACCUCUGCCUCAGCCUCCCUGGCCCUCACCGUGGAGCCGGCUUUGAAGCCGGGCCACAUUUGGAAGGCGCUCAUCGGGGAGUUCGCCGUCCGGCCGGCUUGGAUCCCGUCGGACUGUGAACAGAGAGCUUUCGUGCUCCACAGGAUGGGGGACCAGCUCUGCCUCAGUUACAGCAGCUGCGACGAGAGCUCAGGACUGCAGUGGAGGCCUGACGAGGACACGUGCACAGUGGAUUGCAGCCUCCGUGUGAUCCCGCUGGAGGACCUCGACUGGAUGCAGAAGAGGAGGGUGGUGCAGCUCUGCCACCAGGCCACAGAGGGGUCAGUCAAGGUGGGGAUUUACUUGCUGGAAACUGGGCUCGGGAAGCCGGAGCUCCUCAGCGAGGGAAACGCUCGGAUGAAGAAAGCGAAUCAACUAAUGCAGAAGUUAAUGGAGUAUUUCUACGAUUUCAUUAUCCCCGACGUUGUAGAGAAUGAGGAGGAGGACUGUGACACUGACCUGGAGAGGCAAAAUGUGGAGGAGCUCUAUGAUUUCGUCAGGCACCUACACCAGAGAGAGAGCCGGGAGGAGACCUAUGACGUCCAGCACAAGGCUCUCAUUCCUGUUCUCAGACCCUAUCAGAGCCAGGCCGUCAACUGGAUGCUGAAGAGAGAGAAAUACAGGAACGCUUCACCUAAAGAACAAAUUCUGCAUUUCCUCUGGAGGGAGUUGAUCACUUUGUGUGGAAAGAAGUUGUUCUACAACCCUUUUACCGGCUGCCUCCUCCGAGAGUUUCCCCUGGCGGGUGUGGAGUGGCCCGGUGGGAUCUUGGCUGAUGAAAUGGGGCUGGGAAAGACGGUGGAAGUUCUGGCUCUCAUCCUGUUUCACACGCGACAGGACCUGCAGCAGGAGGCCCUCACCCUGCCUGUGGGAAAAUCCGUAAAUUAUUUCGUACCUCCUCCUCCUCUGGAGAGGAAGAAAAUUAUCCACUGCAAGUCUGAAGUUCUGCCUAAAAUGAAAAUAUCCUACCCAACUGUGCGUGUCAUGCUCCUCACUGCAAUCAAGGAGAUGAGGUCUGGCAAAGGAGCCUCCGUCAAAGCCAUCUUCACCUACAUCCGUGCCACUUACGGUUAUGACCUGUUAAAGAACCGCAACCACAUGAAGAAGACGAUGGCGAAGCUGAUAGAUGAAGGCCUGGUCCACCGGGUCAAGGGUCGUGGCUUGGCUGGGUCAUUUAAACUGGGAAAGAACUACAAAGAAACAAAGAAGACAUCAGCAGGAGCAUCCAAGUCUAACUCCAAAAACACAGAGAGCAUGCCCAGGAGAAUGUUUCAGAGACGGGCAAAAGAGAAGGCAGAAGCAGCUCUGCAGAACUCUCUUCUUACAGGAGAUCAAAGAGAUCCGUACUCCCCGGCAUCGGACUGUCUAGAAACAGAGGAGACGGAAACAACGAAGGAAUGGGAUGAAAGUCUGAACAGGACAGCAGAUCAGUCGGAUGACACGCUGGAUGACACCGCAGCCUUACAGAUGUCUCAGGGUAAAAGGGAGUCCGACACACAGGACUUACCCAGAACUGAUGAUCUACGUGAAGAAAGGGGGGAAGCUCCUCGGCUUGAAUCACAGGAGAUAGAAACCCAAACCAGGGUGUCCGUUGUCCCGUUCAACACCCCGGACUACCGCUUUGAGUGCAUCUGUGGUGAGCUGGGCAUUGUUGACUACAAGGCCCGCGUCCAGUGUAUGAACUGCCAGCUGUGGCAGCACGCAGACUGUGUGAACUAUAAAGAAGAAAGCCUGGAGACCACACCUUUCUACUGCCCUCACUGCCUUGUCGCCAUGAAACCCGUCUCCACCGGUGCCACCCUCAUCAUCUCCCCGAGCUCCAUCUGCCACCAGUGGGUGGAGGAGAUCAACCGGCACAUCAGGUCGUCCUCACUGCGAGUGCUGGUUUAUCAGGGUGUGAAGAAGCAUGGAUUCAUCCAGCCACAUGCGCUCGCUGAGCACGAUGUGGUCAUCACCACCUACGACGUGCUGCGGUCGGAGCUCAACUACGUCGACAUUCCCCACAGCAACAGCAAGGACGGACGCCGCUUCCGCAACCAGAAGCGCUACAUGGCCAUACCCAGUCCUCUGGUGGCUGUGGAGUGGUGGCGCAUCUGUCUGGACGAGGCUCAGAUGGUCGAAUGUCCCACUGCGAAGGCUGCAGAAAUGGCUCUACGCCUCGCGUCUGUCAACCGCUGGUGUGUCAGUGGCACUCCUGUCCAGAGAGGCUUAGAAGAUCUGUACGGCCUCGUGCUUUUCCUGGGAGUUGACCCAUACUGGGUGAAACACUGGUGGGACCAGCUCCUUUAUCAGCCUUAUCGACGUGGAAACACAGAGCCGCUGUACAACGUAAUUGCUCAAUUAUUGUGGCGAUCGGCUAAAAAAGACGUCAUUGAUCAGAUCCAGAUUCCCCCUCAGACGGAGGAGGUGCACUGGCUUCACUUCUCCCCCGUCGAGGGUCACUUCUACCACCGUCAGCACGAGGUCUGCUCCCAGGACGCUCUGGUCAAACUCAGGAAAAUCUCCGACUGGAGCCUGAAACUUGGCAGCCUCGACCGCCGCACCGUCCACACCAUCCUGUGCCCGCUGCUGAGGCUGCGUCAGGCCUGCUGCCAUCCGCAGGCUGUGAGGGGGGAGUUCCUGCCUCUGCAGAAAAGCACCAUGACAAUGGAGGAGCUACUGAAGUCCCUGCAGAAGAAAUGUCGAGUGGAGUGUGAAGAAGCCCACAGACAAUUGGUGUGCGCACUCAAUGGCCUGGCUGGAAUCCACAUCAUCAGAGAUGAGUUCGUAGAGGCGACGGAGAUGUAUAGAGAAGUGCUUCGUUCAUCAGAGGAGCACAAAGGCCGACUGAAAACAGAUUCAUUACAGAGACUUCAUGCUACCCACAAUGUGAUGGAGCUGCUGAGCGCAAAGCAUCCUGGGAUACCUCCCACACUGAGAGAUGACCGACUGAGUGAGGAGGCGGAGCAGCUGCGACAGCACUACAUGACCAAAUACGACUCUGAGGUAGCAGACGCCCAUCAGGCUCUGCAGCCGGUGCUCCAGAACAUCAAAGAGCUGAAACACAAAGUCAACCUGAAUACUCCCUGGUGGCUGGAAGUUAUUCAGAAGGCAAUCCGGUGCUCCAAUGACGACGAUCUGGUGUCCCGCAUCAAGAAUGAGCUGACGUCCAGCUACAAACAACAAGCCAACAAGCUCAACAUGGCAGACAAGUUCCGUGAUGCUUGUGGUCUGCAGUUCAUACUCGCCACUCAAAUGCAAGAUCUGAUGAAAUCCCAAAAGACCGUGCAAGACGCGGUGAAGAGUCUCGAAGGCCCGGCUUCAAAGAAAGUGAUCGACGAGGUCACCAUUUGUCACCUCAGGCCGAUGAGACUGCCACUCAAUAAUUGUGUUUUUUGCAAAGCGGAUGUGCUUUUCAUCGAUUAUGAGUCCAAGCUGUUUUCUCACACGGUGAAGGGUCAGACGGCCAUCUUUGAAGAAAUGAUUGAAGAUGAAGAGGGGCUGAUGGACGACCGUCUCCCCACUACCAGCCGAGGUCUGUGGGCAGCCAGUGAGACGGAGCGCUCUCUGAAAGCCGUCUUGUCUUUUGCCAAAGUUAAACGCAUGGACCCGGAGCUGGUGGAGGAGGGCAACACCUUCAUGGAGCUGUUUGAGAACUAUAAGAAAGAGUACAAGGUGCUGCACGAGUACUGGAUGGUGCUGAGGAACCACGUGUCGGCCAUCGAUGAGCUGGGUAUGGCGACAGAGAGACUACGUGUGCGUCUGCCCGAUGAACCAAAGCCCAAACUACUGCACAUCAUCGAGCCACAUGAGGUGGAGCAGAACAGAAUCAAGCUUUUGAACGACCAGGCGGUGGCCAAGUCUCAACUCCAAAAGAAGCUUGGCCAGUUUCUGUACCUCACAAAUCUGGAGACGUCCCAGGACAAGUCUACUGUAGGGCUGAACCCAGAGCCAUGUCCCAUCUGUGCCCGGCCGCUGGGACAAGAGUGGGCAGUGCUGACCUGCGGCCACUGCUUCUGCAACGAGUGCAUUGCUAUCAUUGUGGAGCAGUACAGCGUGGGCUCGAGGCGGCGCGCUAUCAAAUGUGCCAUUUGUAGGCAGACCACGUCCCACGCAGAGAUCUCCUACGUGUUCACCACCCAGUCAUCCAGCCAGGACCAAGACAUACCGGUCAAGGGAAGCCACUCGACCAAAGUGGAGGCAGUAGUGAGAACACUGAAGAAGAUUCAAGUGGCCGACCCCGGGGCCAAGUGUCUCGUCUUCUCCACGUGGCUGUGUGUCCUGGACAUCAUUGCGAAGGCCUUGUUUGACAACAACAUGGAGUUCUCUCAAAUCAACGGGAUUCAUAAAUUCCAGGAGAAUCUGUGCUCCUUCAAAUACGAAGAAAACAUCAACAUCCUCCUCCUUCCUCUCCACACCGGCUCCAAUGGCCUGAACAUCAUCGAGGCGACUCACGUGUUGCUGGUGGAGCCAAUCCUCAACCCGGCUCGCGAGCUCCAGGCCAUAGGCAGAGUGCACCGGAUUGGCCAAACCAAGCCAACAUUUGUUCACAGAUUCCUCAUCAAAUCCACCAUUGAAGAGAGAAUGCAGGCAAUGCUGAAGACUGCAGACAAAAGUCACACCAGCACAACCAUGAAGCACUCGGAGGCUGCCGUUCUGACGGUGGCCGACCUGGCGGAUCUGUUUACUGAAGACGCAGAACAUCUGGAGUGAAUCUGAACACCUGGAGGACCAUGGAGGACUACCUGCUGAAGAUACACAGGCAAAGAGAGCUCACUCUUUACACAGUGGUGAUAGAACUCUGAUUUUGCACACUCAACUUUUUUUUAUAUAAAACACCCUGAAGUUAUCAAAUACAUUCCCAAAAACGAUAUUUUAUCGGAUCUCUGACCGCUGAUUACAUGUCUCUUAAUUUUAUGGAAGUUUUUAGUCUCUUUGGAGUAUUUGGAUCACUUGUCAUAGUUGUAACCUACUGAUUCAAUAACUACGUCUGCUGUUCAAGUACAUGUUUGAUGGUCACAUUUGACUAGACUGAACAGUAUUGUGUUAAUCUAAUAUUAUGUGUCAUGCAUUUGGAUACAACUUCACUGUAAGUUUAGUGGAAAUUGGAGGAACUCGUAUGGAGUGAUUGAGUUUUCCUCACAACUAUCAGGAAAUAAACAUCUGUAGAUGACAGGGUGUCAACCUGUUAUGACCAGC